AUGUUAUCUUGUUCAAGCUCCAACACCACCGAAGAUCUACACCGUCGCCACAGGAAAUGGGUGGGUCCCUCAGGACAUAACGUCAUCACCGUCUCACUUUACGGCCACUCUCAGUUUCGCUCCGUCCAGGACGCUGUGGACUCCAUACCUAGGAACAAUAGCAUGGGUGUCGUCAUCAAGAUUGGUCCCGGAUUUUACUAG